AUGUCGGCGGCAGAGCCCGGGCGGUUCUUCUGCACGGCGGGCCGCGGGCUGGAGCCCUUCCUGGCACGGGAGGUGCGGGCGCGGCUCGGCGCCACCGAGGUGGACUGCGUCUCGGGAAAAGUGUUCUUCAGGGCGGCGGCGGGGCCCGGGGAGCUGCGGCAGCUGCGGUCGGGGGAGCGCCUGUUCCUGCUGCUGAAGAAGCACAGCCCGCUGCCGGUGUCCGGGAGCAGAGGGAAAAUGCUUCAUGAGAUUAAAAGCCUUGUCAUUGAGGACCCGAAAUACUGGCUGGAUAUUGUCUCUGCUUGGAGAAAACUUCAUGGGCACAAGAGGAAAACAGAUGAUGGCUCUAUAGGAAAUGCAUUGUCUCUGAAGAGAAAGUCAGAAGAAGAGACAAAUACUGCAAGUAAAAGGCAAAAGACAGAACAAGUGAGGGCAAUUGUGUCUGAGGAGUGUCAGGUGGGAGCUGGAGAGACCUGUGAGGCAGCAGCCAGAAUGAGCAGGCCAGAGUGCUGGACUGAGAGCAGGACUUGCUCAGAAUUGCCUUCCAUGGGCAAUGCAGAGGAUCCUGCUGCCAGUGAGGAGCUUGGCUUCAGCUUCAGGGUGUCAUGUCGCUGCAGUGGAGCCAUUGCCAGAACACUGACUUCACAGGAGGUCGGCAGAGCCCUUGGCACAGCCCUGGUGAAGCAGUGUGGGUGGCGAGCUGAUCUGCGGGACCCUGACCUGGAGAUCUUUGUACAUCUCAAUGACAUUCACUCUGUGGUGGGGAUUCCUCUUUUCAGGCUUCCAUUGGCAAACAGAGAGUACAUCAGAACAGCAGGACUGCGGUCAACAGUGGCAUGGGCCAUGGCAUCUCUGGCUGAAAUCAGGGUUGGUGCCCUUGUGCUGGAUCCCAUGUGUGGGCUAGGAACCAUCCUGCUGGAGGCUGCCAAGGAGUGGCCUGACGCCUGGUACUGGGGUGCUGAUAUAAGUGACUCACAGUUAGAGGGUGCAGAUGGCAAUAUCAGAGCUGCAGGCCUGGUGGAUAAGAUUGAGCUGUUUAAAGCUUCUGUGAAAGCUCUGCCAUUGCCUUCAGAGAGCUUUGACAGCGUUAUUUCGGAUAUUCCAUUUGGGAAGAAGUUCAAGACCACGAGUGAUGCCCAGCUCCUACCAGAUCUUCUCCAGGAAAUGGAGAGAGUGCUUCGAGUUGGAGGGACCCUGGUGUUGCUGCUGAGCCAGGAGCUCCACAGACUCAUGGAUGGUUUGACCAGGAGUGCUGGACGUGACCCUGCUGAGGCCUCUGCUGAUUGUGACAGUGGAGCACAGGCCAUGAAUGGUUUGAUCAGGAGUGCUGGAGGUGACCCUGCUGAUGGUGACACUGGAGCAGCUCCUGCACAGGCCAUGGAUGGUUUGACCAGCAGUGCUGGAAGUGACCCUGCUGAUGGUGACAGCAGAGCAGCCCCUAGUGUGGAUGGGAAUUCCUCCUCCUUGGCCCAGGGGGGUGGAGAACCUGUUCUCAGCAGACAUUUUGGGUCCCUGCUGCCAGAGGGUGUCUAUGCUGUUAGCCUUGGCAAGACUGAUGCUUUCAUCCACAAAUACAGGAAGGUGUCUGGGCCUGGGAGCUGUCCCAGGACUGGGACACUCCCUGGAGCUGGGAGCUCUCUGGCCCUGGGCUGAAGGGAACUGGAAAGCUUUGGGAGCAGCAGGACAGGGCUCCGUGGGGCUCUGCUGGUGCAGACACACCCACUGCCAUCCCUUAGAUUGCCUCACCUUCCUGGCAUGUCCUAAGGCACUGUGCUGUUGUGUCUCUGGUUUUUAGGAGAGGUGGAAUGUGACCUUGUUCACAGGGGUCUGAGGAUGAGGGAAGAGAUGAGGAUCUGACUCCAUGUUUCAGAAGGCUGAUUUAUUAUUUUAUGGUAUAUAUUAUAUUAAAACUAUACUAAGAGAAUAGAAGUAAGGAUUUCAUCAGAAGGCCAGCUAAGAAUAGAAAAAGAAGGAAUGAUAACAAAGGCUUGUGGCUCGGACAGAGUCCCAGCCAGCUCACUGUGCUUGGCCAUUAAUUAGAAACAACUCUAUGAGACCAAUCACAGAUCCACCUGUUGCAUUCCACAGCAGCAGGUAAUCAAUGUUUACAUUUUGUUCCUGAGGCCUCUCAGCUUCUCAGGAGGAAAAAUCCAAAGGAAAGGAUUUUUCAUAAAAGAUGUCUGUGACAGAGGAAGAUGCCAGUUCUGCUGUAUUCGAUAAAGUGUAUUGCAGUGUGGCAGAGUCCUCAAAUCCUUGUUUAGGCAAAGCUGCUCAGUAUUGGGAGGAGUUUCUGUCAGAGAGAAAGUCUUGAUUUGCAGAACUGCAAACCCAGAUGUGGUAGCCCGUGAUCUUUGGGCUGUGCACUCCAUCUAUUCAUUUCUAAGUAAUAUUUAAGCUACAGGUUUGUCUAUUCUAGUUAUUCUUAGUGUUAGGGUUGUUCUUUGGUGGAGGAUGGGCGAGCCCCCUGAGGUGCUGAGCAGGAAGGGAGGCUGAAGAAGAAGCAGCACCACUGACAGCUGGAGUUGCAGCCAGUCUCAGGUCCUGGACCCCAACUCUGUUUUGUGUGUCCUGGGUCCUCCCUGCCCUGCCUCUCCCCUUCCCUCCUGCACUUUGGGACACCUUAUUUUCUCCCCUGUACCUUUUCUUUUCUCUUGAUUCUUCUGUCCCAUCAAAAUAGGGCUUUUAGAACUGUACCAGCAUUAAAGAAAGGGCCCAAGGCAAUACUGAAAGCACUCCCUCCUUUGGGUUUUAGCAUCCUUUGUAUAAAGGCUGAGAUAGCAAAAACCAAAAAUCAUUGCACAUUUUCUGUGAGAACUAAACAUAAAGACUUCUCACUGCUUUCCUAAGCCAUGCAGGAACACUGGAGGCCUUUUAGGAAGGGAAAAUUAUGAUAAAAUACAUUUCUGUAUGUUUCUGUGCAAAGCUUUUGACUGAAGAUCACCUUAAAGAGCAGAGUUGGGUUUAAUAAUGUUAUUUUGUUGACUUCAACAGUUUCUCUCAAAUGUUUUUACUGAGAAAAGUAUAAAAUAGGACUAUAUUUGCAUUUUCAAACAUACUUUUCUGUCCUUAAGUAUCUUGUAGUUAUUAAUGUGUAUUUUUGCAGCUGUGCGAUCUGUGAUAAAGAUAGCUUUCCUGCUGGGCUUGGUGGUAAUGAUUUGUAAGAAAUUUAUAAACAUGCUGGUGUCUGCUCCAGGUAUGAAUGGCUUGUGGCAAUGGUUAUGCACCCAUUUGUUUGAGUUUGAGUUUGUUAGAGGAGGAACAGGGGAUGAGGCUUUCAGCCUUUGUUUUCCUUCUUCUCUUCUGAAUCUGUUGCAUCACUAUUGAAGAAUGUUCCGUUUCCCCUGAAUGUUCAAGAGACCAUCUUUCUGGUAUUCAGUCUGGUAACCUUCCUCUAUACAGUCUGCAGCUUCUCUAGAAUGAGGGCUGAGAUUUCUAGACGGGCUGAUGAGACCCCUGACCCUGGAGUAGACCCAGGCAUGGAAAAUCCUGAGUGGUGUGGGAAAUGGGAGGAUAUGGGCCAAAUCCUGAAGGAAUUCUCUGACCCUAUAGUCUGGGAUUUUCCCCAUGAACGAAUUCAGAACCCAGCUGAGGUGGGCAAAUAUCUGAAAGAGAAGUACCAGGAUGAGCCUAAGAAGAGGAAGGUCAUUGCAGUGAGCUGGGCCCUGGCAUAUGCUUAUCGCACACUGCUAGAUACUGUCAGGCAGCAGACAGAGGCAGGGGGGCAGGGAGAUAAAUCAGCAACUAUCCCAGUGAUUCAGGCUGCAGCCAACACUCCAGGCUCGAAGCCAGCAGCCAAACCAGACAGUGAGCCUAAGCCAGCAGCUAAACCAGACAAUAAGCCUCAACCAAUGGCUGUUGCUGCCAGUACUAGAAGUGGAAAGUGCAUGGACAAGACCGAUGGACCAGUGGAUGAUGAUGAUACAGGAGAAGGACCUUCAAUGCCUCCUGACAUAAAAUCAGGAGUCAAAGCAGCAAGUGCAAGAUCAGGUGCCAAUACUGAGACUUAUUCCCUGAAGGACCUUCGUGGCUUACGGAAGGAUUACACACGAUGACCCGAUGAAUCCAUAAUUAGUUGGGUGGUCCAUCUCUGGGAUGCUGCAGGCGAGGCUACAGUUCUGGAUGGCACUGAAGCCAGGCAUUUGGGAUCCCUGUCACAGGAUCCUGUCAUUGACCAAGAAAUGAUGAACGAGGCUAAUCCACACAGCCUCUGGGCACAGGUCUUGGACAGUGUUGCACGAAGAUACCUGUGUGCAGAUGAUCUCUAUAUGCAGCAAACUCAGUGGAAGACCAUAGAACAAGGGAUCCAACGCCUGAGAGAAAUGGCAGUGGCAGAGAUUAUCUUCUCAGAUGAUGUAACAACUAGGAACCCAGACUUGGUACCAUGCACGUCUGUGAUGUGGUGAAAACUUCUGCGACUUGGGCCACAUGAAUAUGCUUCUGCCUUAGCCAUCAUGAAGAGGGAUGAGAGGGAUGAGACUGUGCUUGACAUGGCAAGGAAGCUCCGAGCAUAUGCAGAUGCUGUACGUGGCCCGACACAUGCCAGAAUUGCAACAGUGGAAACAUGUCUGCAGAAAUUGGAGGAUAAGAUAGAGGAGAAUCACAAGAAGCUCAGAGAGGAGAUUAAAGACGACCUUCUCCAUAUCUCAGCAGCACAGAUCAGAGGUACUGGUAUCCAACACAGAAGUUCCCCAGAUGGAGAGAGAUGGUACACCCCACGAGCUGAGCUGUGGUUCUACCUGCAUGAUUGUGGAGAAAACAUGAGAAGGUGGGAUGGAAAACCUAAAGCUGUUCUGGCAUGACGGGUGCAUGAAUUGAAGAUAGACAGGGCUCAGAGAGGGAGUUCCACCAGAAGGAAAGCAGCUCCAGUUGCCCGUAGCCAAACGGCCAGGUAUGGUGAUGAUGACAUGUCUGAUCCCCUCGAAGGAACAUCCAAAACAUACGCCCAGGAAAAGAAGGAUAACCAGGCUUAGAGGGGCCCUGCCUCUAGCCAGGUAGAGGCCAGGGAAAAUCGUGUUUUCUGGUCUGUGUGGAUUCGUUGGCCUGGCACAUCGGAACCACAAGAGUAUAAAGCUUUGGUUGAUACUGGUGCACAAUGUACAUUAGUCCCCACAUUAAUGUGGGGACAGAGUCUGUUUCUAUUGCUGGUGUGACAGGGGGAUCCCAGGAUUUCACUUUGGUGGAAGCUGAUGUGAGCCUGACUGGGAAUGAGUGGAAGAAGCACCCUAUUGUGACUGGCCCAGAGGCCCCAUGUAUUUUGGGCAUAGAUUACCUCCAAAGAGGGUCUUUCAAGGACCCAAAGGAUCUCAGGUGGGCAUUUGGGAUAGCAGCUGUAAUGACAGAGGGCAUCCAGCAAUUGAACACGUUGCCUGGGUUGUCUGAGAAUCCAUCUGCAGUAGGGCUUCUGAAGGGAGAAGAGCAGCAGGUGCCAGUUGCCACUUCCACAGUGCAUCGACGACAGUACAGAACCACUAGAGAUGCUGUGGUUCACAUCCGUAAGAUGAUCCGAGAGCUGGAGAGCCAAGGGGUGGUCAGCAAGACCCACUCACCCUUCAACAGCCCCAUCUGGCCUGUGUGAAAAUCUGAAGGAGAAUGGAGAUUGACUGUGGACUAUCGUGCAUUGAAUGAAGUGACUCCACUACUGAGUGCUGCCCUGCCAGAUAUAUUAGAGCUCCAGUACGAGCUUGAGUCCAAGGCAGCAAGGUGGUACGCCACUAUAGACAUUGCCAAUGCAUUUUUCUCCAUUCCUCUGGCAGCAGAAUGCAGGCCUCAGUUUGCUUUCACAUGGAGGGGAGUGCAGUACACCUGGAACCGACUGCCCCAGGGGUGGAAGCACAGCCGCACCAUCUGCCAUGGACUGAUCCAGACUGCACUGGAAAAGGGUGAGGCUCCAGAACAUCUGCAGUAUAUUGAUGACAUCAUUGUGUGGGGGAACACAGCUGCGGAAGUGUUUGAGAACGGGAAGGAAAUCAUCCAAAUCCACCUGGGAGCUGGUUUCGCCAUUAUAAAGAGCAAAGUAAAGGGACCAGCUCAUGAGAUUCAAUUCCUGGGAGUGAAGUGGCAAGAUGGACAGCAUCAGAUUCCCACCGAUGUCAUCAAGAAGACCACAGCAAUGUCUUCACCAUCCAGCAAGAAGGAGACACAAGCUUUCCUAGGUGUCACAGGCUUUUGGAAGAUGCAUAUUCCUGAGCACAGUCGGAUCGUGAGCCCUCUUUACCUGGUCACCCGCAAGAAGAACAAUUUCCACUGGGGCCCAGAGCAGCAACAGGCCUUUGCACAGAUCAAGCAGGAGAUUGCUCAUGGAGUAGCCCUUGGCCCAGUCAGGACAGGACCAGAGGUGAACAACAUGCUCUACUCUGCAGCCAGGAACCAUGGCUUGUCCUGGAGCCUUUGGCAGAAUGUGCCUGGGGAGACUUGACGCCGACCACUGGGAUUUUGGAGUCGAAGCUACAGAGGGUCUGAAGCCAACUACACUCCAACAGAGCAGGAAAUCUUGGCUGCCUGUGAAGGAGUCCAGGCUGCCUCAGAGGUAAUAGGCACUGAAGCACAACUUCUCCUGGCACCCCAACUACCAGAACUGGGGUGGAUGUUCAAAGGCAAGGUUCCUUCCACUCACCAUGCCACCAGUGCUACAUGGAGCAAAUGGAUUGCUGUUAUCACACAGCGCGCCCAUAUUGGAAAACUGAAUCACCCUGGGAUUCUGGAAAUAAUUGCAAACUGGCCAGAAGGUGAAAACUUUGGUCUCGCUGAUGAAGGGGAACAAGAAGUGACACGGGCUGAAGAAGCUCCACCAUACAACCAAGUGCCAGCAGAAGAUACACGAUACGCUCUCUUUACUGAUGGUUUGUGCCGCAUUGUGGGAAUGAACCGGAAGUGGAAAGCAGCCGUAUGGAGCCCCACACGACAGGUGGCAGAGGCCACUGAAGGAGAAGGUGGAUCAAGCCAACUUGCAGAACUCAAAGCUGUUCAACUGGCCCUGGACAUUGCUGAGAGAGAGAAGUGGCCAAAGCUCUACCUCUACACUGAUUCAUGGAUGGUAGCCAAUGCUCUGUGGGGAUGGCUAGAGAGGUGGAAAAAGGCUAACUGGCAACGUAGAGGGAAACCAAUUUGGGCUGCUGAAGAGUGGAAAAACAUUGCUACCAGGGUAGGGAGGCUACCUGUGAAAGUCUACCAUGUGGACGCUCAUGUUCCCAAGAGUAGGGCAAAUGAGGAGCACCAAAACAAUGAGCAGGUCGACCAAGCCGCAAAGAUAGGGGUGUCCAAAAUAGACCUAGAUUGGGAACAUAAGGGAGAGUUAUUCCUAGCUCGAUGGGCCCAUGAUGCCUCAGGCCAUCAGGGCAGUGAUGCCACCUAUAAGUGGGCACAAGACCGAGGGGUGGAUCUAACCAUGGACAGUAUUUCUCAGGUUAUCCAUGACUGUGAGACGUGUGCUGCCAUCAAGCAGGCCAAGCGAGUGAAGCCCCUCUGGUACGUUGGGCGGUGGUCCAAGUACAAGUAUGGGGAGGCCUGGCAGAUUGACCCCGUCACACUGCCCCAGACACGCCAGGGCAAGCACUACGUGCUGACCAUGGUGGAGGCCACCACUGGAUGGUUGGAAACCUACCCUGUGCCUCAUGCUACAGCCCGGAACACCAUCCUGGGCCUGGAAAAGCAAAUCCUGUGGAGACAUGGUACCUCUGAGAGGAUUGAGUCAGACAAUGGGACUCAUUUCAAGAACAGCCUUAUCAACACCUGGGCUAGGGAACAUGGUACUGAGUGGGUGUACCAUAUCCCCUACCAUGCACCAGCUGCAGGAAAAGUGGAGAGGUAAAACGGACUGUUAAAUACCACAUUGAAAGCAUUAGGUGGUAGAUCGUUCAAAAACUGGGAGCAGCAUCUGGCAAAAGCCACCUGGUUAGUUAACACCUGAGGCUCUACUAACCGAGUGGGCCCUGCCCAAUCUGAGCCUUUGCAGAGAGUAAAUGGAGACAAAGUCCCAGUGGUACAUGUCAGAGAUUUGUUAGGGAAGACAGUUUGGAUUAAUCCUGCCUCGAAUACAGACAAACCCAUUUGUGGGGUUGUUUUUGCUCAGGGACCAGGUUGCACAUGGUGGAUAAUGCAAAAAGAUGGAAGAACACAAUGUGUACCUCAGGGAGAUCUGAUUGUUGGGUGAGACCUAUGUGUAAAUAUCACUGUUUGCUGAAUGUUAUUACCUUUGUGUAUAGCUGUAUACUGGAUGUAUAAUGUAUGUGUUUGUAGAGUUAGAAUUUAUAUUAGUUUUAGUAAUAAGCGGACGAUAUGGGGAUAGGGGGUACAAUGUCCUAGGUUGACUAUAUGAUGCGUUUAUCCCCAGUCAUCUUGUCCUGUUUAUGCUGAAUAAUAAUUUGCACAUUUAAGACUUGUUCCAGGGAGUGAAGGGGGGAGAGAAGAAGCGCGCAGUUUGUUUUCAGACACUGCACUCACUCCUCCACAUUCCUGCUCCUGGACCGUGUUGUCUGCAGAUGGACAGACUGUGGUACUGAGCUCUCCUUUUUUUAGUUAGUUUUAGCUAGCUGAGGCAAAGAAGUUCCCUGGACUAGUUUUUUCUUUUUUCUUUGGACCUCUUGAAACUACUCUGGAGGACUGCACACCCAGGGGAGCACCAGCAGCUGCAGCUGUGGCCCACUGGGCCAGGCCUGGCCCAUGACAUUUCCAGCACCGGAGGGACUGAUCAGAGACUGAGUGAACUCAGCUGCAACCUGGGGAGGGGAUUUUGUCAGUUUGUCAUCUCUUUUGGAGCAGCAAGGGGUUUUAUUGUUUAAUAUUGUUUAGGGCUUAUUGUUUAAUAAAGAGAUUUUUUCCUCUUU